AUGCGCGAAAUACUGUACAUUUUAUCCCCAAACGAAAAACAUUCAGCCAAAAGUGCUCUCAGCCUGGAACGGACAAACGACCUUCUCGACUGCCCUUAA